UCAGAAAUACACGGUUCCUUCAUAAUAUUUAUUGCAUAGUGUUCAUUGUCAAUUUUUUUUUUUCUCAAUCUCCAUGAAUUUACUAUGGCUGAAGAUUUAAAGGUUCUAGAACGCCAAAGUUGGAUAGGUUUGAUCCAAACAGCAAAAGCGUCCCUAGCGCUAAUCAGCCUCUUCGAAAAUAAGAAUAUACCUGUCAUCAAUAAUGUUGUGGGUCCUUUGAGAGAUCUUGCGAACCAGAGUGAACAUUAUGACGACAUAUUUUCUCAACAAUCAGAACAACAUACCAUUACUCCCAACUACCCUAAACAUGAUAGCCAUAUCAGCAAAAGCAGUAGAAGUAUGAUAAAUAAGCAAAGUCACUUUCAAGCGUAUGAUUACAGUUUGGAUCCAGGUUGGCGUCAGAUUGACGAAAGCACCAUUGAGGUCCCGUUGUUAGGUGAAAACAAAAAAGCUACGUGCAUUGCUGUAAAUAAGCCAGAAGGUUUAGACAGGGUUAUUAUUGCGAUAUAUAAGGCACCCUAUAUUACUAUUGACUGUGAAAUGCUGACAGUGAAAAAGUCUUUACCUCACCUCAAGUUGCUCCAAAUUGGCGUGUCUGCGAGUGAAGGGUAUGCUAUACAAGUGGAUGCAGUGGGUAAAGAGGCAUUGAUGAAGAAAUUGAAGCCAGUAUUGGAAGAUGAAUGUAUCAACAUUGUCGGCUGGUCCUAUCGUUUUGAUGCAAUGGCUAUUGAACAUUAUUUGAGCCCUAUUGUUCAGGCACCAGUGUUAGACCUGCAAGCAAAAUUGAAACCAGUUGCUCUUGAACAAUUAAACUUGGCUACAGCGAUGGACAAAUUUGCCCCUGAAUGGGAAGGAUUACCACAAUUUCAAAAAAUUAAGCAUUUCUUUACGACCUUCCAGUUGACUGAACACGAUUGUAUCUGGACACAAACUCCUCUGCCUCCUAAAGCCCUUGUGUACGCCGUCUUUGAUGUUCUCAGUGUACACGCUUUAUACAAGUAUACAGCAGAGCAUCCUGAUUCUGAGAGAUAUUACUAUCCAUUUACGGUUAUUUCAGACUCUUCUCCCAAAGCAUUGCAACGUUUCCAUCGACAAAGAAUUCAGGGUACAACACCCUCACCGACAAGUACAAAUUCUGCUAAUACGAACCAAGAUCACUCAUCUCCGCCAGUGCGUCAUCCGAAAUCAUAUACCAGUUCCUAUCAUUCGAAACAGAAGUACAAGAGUAAGGAUAAUGAAGGACAGAUCAUAAAUUCCAAUAUGUUCAUUCCUCAACCUGUGACGGAUGAUGGAUACGAUGAUAAUCAAGUGGAAUAUCAAAAGAAUUUACAAAAGGCUGUUGAGUUAUCAAUCAAGGACAGCUUACAACAAAGAGAAGAUACAACCGGUGAGGGAAGCUCAUCAUUGGGAUCGCCAGCAGUAACAGCAGGAGUUUCAGAUGGCGUCGCCGAAUAUGAAGAAUACUAUGAUUACGACGAUUUUGAAAAAAAGCAUUCGGACACUCAUCAAGCGCAAGAUGUAAGAAGAUUUGCACCAGAACCAAAGCCAGAAUCUAUUCCAACAGAAAGUUGGGGUGAAUUGAGUUUACAGGAUUCACCUUUUGGAGGUGCGGACUUCAACACGACGUCUUGGAAUAACAAUAAUAACGUUAAAAGCAACAUUAUAAAUAACACUGAAAGCAAUAGUCAACAACAACAACAACAACAACAACAACAACAACAACAGCAACAGCAACAGCAACAGCAACAACAACAACAACAACAACCGCAACAACAACAGUCAUCAGUUAAUUUCAAUGCUAAGCCUACUAAAGAUAAAUAUGUACAUUCCUUCCAUAAUCAAACCACGAACGGUGACCAAUCAGGAACAUAUAGUAUGACAGAUUUGGAAAGCAAUGACAAUUCUGCUGCAACGUGGCAAUCAUUUGCUAGCUCGAGUGUCAUCCAUUGGAAACAAGGUAAGGAUUUGGAGCUUGCAGAUUAUGACAAGGCAGAAUCCGAAAGCACUCAGAAGACACCUGCAUCGCCACCAAAGAUCCAAAAGUUCAAUAUCACAAGCAGUCCGGGUGCUUGGGGUAUAAUGGGUGACAGCAACAGCGAUAUGACUGGCAACAACGACAAAGACGAUGGUUCAGUGGAUAACUGGCAUAAAGAUGAUGCUAGGCCUGCGUUUAUGAAUUACCCCAUGAAGGGAAUGCCUGUUCGAACAACGUUUUCCGGACCACGUACCAACAACCCGAAUCUUUUGGACAGCUCUGAGGAUGACUUUGUCGAAGAUGAUGACGAGGAUAUAGAUUAUAGCUAUACGUCAAUGGAUCUUCCUAAAGGUUCCAGUGGAGGCAGUAACAGCCAUACCGAUGAUCCAAGUCAUGGUCAGAACGCAACCAUGAAAUUUAACAUGAACAAUAGUCAUGCUAGCGCUGAUAAGAAUAGUGGAAAUAGUUAUGGAAAAACAAACAGUGGCAGUAAUAAUUACAAAGUGAAAAAGGCUGAGGAUUUGCCGAUUUUUGUUGAUGGAGCAUUUUUGUUUGAUCAAGAUGGUGAAACAGAAUUGAAUAUGCUGAGAAUGUCUGCACCAGAACAUUUGGACAUGGUCAUUCUUCCUCCGCCUGGCAUUCCUUACUCAGUCUCUAUAGGCUUCCAUUCGGUCGAACUCAAAGGUGCGCCUAUAUUGAAAGGUAUUCAGCUAUAUAUUAGCAGCACUGGGUCGUCCUACACCUGUGUUAUUGAGCAAUCUUGCCAUAUCAAUAAUCGGGAGGCUGUGAAAUCCUCUAAAUUUGGACGCCUCUUGACAAAUCCGGCUGUACGUCGCGUAUGUUGGUGUCCAGCAUUUUUCGAAGAACAGAUGAUAGAAAAGUUAGGGUUCAGUUUGGGACCAUGUGUAGAUAUUUCGAGAAAGAUCAACUACCAAGGCGCCAGUUAUUCUUUUGAGGAUGCAGUGGGAAAAUAUCUAAACAAUUGGCCGGAUAGAGAUCAAUAUGUAGAAGCAAAGGACGAAUAUGACCGUUUGGCACAUAGCAGGAAGUUUUCUGGCUCUAUUUGGGACCGUAGUACGUUACCGGAGUCUGUUUUGAAAUACAGUGCGUUCCAUGGUCUUACUACUUAUCGCUUGUAUGAGGAAUCCAAAAAACUAGGUAUUCCAGAUGAAAAUUAUAUGUACGGCAAGUAAAUGAUAUGCUAUGGGUCCUGUAGAAUUACAAUUAACGGGACAAUAGCUUUGCAUUUAUGAAACCCUUAUAUGAAUAUAUACAUAUUUAUAUCUGUAAACAUUUUCCCUUUUAAAAUUAAGCUGUGUUUCCACUUUUAUUACCCUGCUAUAAAGUAACAUCAAUAAUACCGAUCUAUGACUAAAAAUAUCGUUCCCCUUUCAUGCUUUCACAAAAUAAUUCAUGCAAAAACUCAUCAAACCCCUAUUUUGCGGGGACACCUUAAACUGCAACUGAUGGUUCCUGGCUUCGUUCCUGGAAAACUAUUAUAAGUAAAUCUUUCUAAAAAUCGAUUCUUUGCACUUAUUAGACCUAGAUCUGUACGUACAGAACAUGUAAGCCUUUCUCUUUCUCCUUUUUAGACUUUAAUACUAUUGUCAAUAAACAUUGUCUGGUCCUUUAGUAGGAUUUGUUGAUACAC